AUGGCCAACUAUAGUUUUCUUCUUUUCUUAUAUGCCUAUUUCAUCGUGAAAUCCUUAGUAACUAUUGCUAAUGAUGCUAAUAGAAAUCUUCACAUUGUAUACAUGGGAUCACUCCCAAAGUAUAAUUAUUCUCCAACAUUCCACCAUCUUAGUAUGCUGCAACAAACUACUAAUCAUAAUGAUGCAACAAUUCAUAUGGUUAGAAGUUAUCAUAAGAGUUUUAAUGGUUUUGCUGCAAUGAUCACCAACCAAGAAAGAGAAAAGCUAAAAAAAAUGGAAGGAGUGGUUUCUGUUUUCCCAAGCAAAUCACUCAAACUUCACACUACAAGGUCUUGGGACUUCAUGGGAUUCAAAGAAUCGAUACAUAGAAACAAAACUGGUGAGAGUGAUGUUAUAAUCGGAGUUAUAGACACCGGAAUCUGGCCGGAGUCAGAGAGCUUCAACGAUCAUGGUUUCGCUCCAAUUCCCAAAAAAUGGAAAGGUGCAUGCAAAGGUGGUAAAAACUUCAGAUGCAACAAAAAAAUAAUCGGUGCAAGAUACUAUCUAAAAGAUCAACCUUCAACAAGAGACAUUGUUGGGCAUGGAAGCCACACAGCAUCAAUUGCAGCAGGGAAUAAAGUUGUGGGAGCAAGCUUUUAUGGAAUCGCCGAAGGAGCUACAAGAGGAGGUGUCCCAUCGGCAAGAAUUGCUGCUUAUAGUGUGUGUAGUGAACAAGGAUGCACAGAUGAUGCCAUAUUGGCUGCUUUUGAUGAUGCCAUUGCCGAUGGUGUGGAUCUUAUCACAAUUUCAAUUGGGGCAGAUGAGCAAAUGUCCUUUGAUAAAGACAUCAUAGCAAUUGGAUCUUUUCAUGCAAUGGAAAAAGGGAUCCUCACUAUACAGUCUGCAGGUAACAAUGGCCCUAACAUUGUAACAUUUAGUGUAUCACCUUGGUUAUUCACUGUUGCAGCUACUACUAUGGAUCGUAGAAUCAUUGAUAACGUUUUGCUUGGCAAUGGAUUAAUAAUUUCGGGGAAGUCAAUAAAUGGGUUUGCAUCAAAUGGGACAAAGAUUCCAUUGAUCCAUGGAAAGUUUGCUUCAAGCAUAGAUCCAGAGGCUUAUGAUGUUGUUUUGUCUUACGCAAAUUCCACUACCACCCCUAGUGCUGAAAUACUGAGUAGUGCAGGCUUUAUAAACAAUAGUGCUCCAAUUGUUGCAGAAUUCUCUUCUGUAGGACCCAAUAUGCAAAUCAAAGAAAUUAUGAAGCCAGACAUAAGUGCUCCGGGUAUAGAAAUUUUGGCUGCUUACUCACCUCUUGCACCACCUUCUCCUGAUAAAAGAGAUAAAAGAUCUGUAAAAUACAACAUACUCUCUGGAACCUCAAUGUCAUGCCCCCAUGUUGCUGGUGCAGCUGCAUAUGUUAAGACUUUUCAUCCUGAUUGGUCUCCGGCAGCUAUAAAGUCUUCUCUUAUGACCACUGCAAAACCAAUGAAUGGAAGUGAACUCGCAGAAUUCUCCUAUGGAUCAGGGUUUUUGGACCCAGUUAGAGCCAUAAAUCCUGGUCUAGUUUUUGAUGCUUCCAAAGAUGACUAUGUGAAUUUGCUUUGCAAAAUUGGGUAUGAUACAAUGAAAGUUCGAAAAAUCUCAGGAGACAAAAGUGUUUGCUCUUCAUCAUCAUCUCAUCAUCAUCUGCCAAUGGCAAAAGAUUUUAAUUAUCCUGCAAUUGUGGCUGAGAUUGAACCAAUGAAACCAUUCAUGAUUAAUUUCACAAGAACAGUUACAAAUGUUGGAUUUGCUAACUCUACCUAUAAGGCUUGCAUCCAACAACAUUCUGGCAUCAACUUCACUGUUGUGCCUGACAUACUUAAGUUUAAAUGUCUCAAGGAGAAACAAUCUUUUGUUGUUCAUGUUGUUGGAGGGAAAUUUAGUGACUCUAGUUUAGUUUCAUCGUCACUGUCGUGGACCGAUGGAACACAUAGUGUAAGGUGUCCACUUAUUUUACGUGUUAUAAAAGUAGGAGCAUGA